AUGCCUGGCGUUUUUACGCUCUCUUCAACUGGUUAUCUCACUCUCUCUGACUUGCAAGGAAAAGCCAUUUGGUCGAGUAAUAAUACUCAGCAAACAAAGGCAUCGAGGGCUUCCAUACUCGACGUUGGCAAUUUUGUUCUUUACGGCGCCCAAAAGACUUCUGAGAUUGUGUGGGAGAGUUUUGCAAAUCCCAUAGAUACAUUUUUGCCUACCAUGAAGUUUUGGAAGGGCUUGAAAAUAAUCUCCUGGAAGAGUUCGGUGGAUCCAGCGCCUGGGCCCUUCUUUGAACAAAUGAAUCCAUCCGCUGGUAAGACUGACGUCUUACUGCAGUAUAAAAAUGGUGUUUCAUAUUACAGUACGGGAGAAUGGACCGGUAGCUACUUCGCCACUUUGCCAGGGUCUCCAUCUUAUUCCAUUUUGAAGGAGGAACUCGUAGUGUUCUCUCCCACAAGAAUGUAUUACACAUAUAAGCUUGCACCCGACGCUGGUACAAUGAUGGUGAGAGUCAACUGGAAAGGCGAGAUAUCAGUGUACUAUUGGGUUAAUAAUAAUAGCUGGAAUGUGAUUUGGUUUCAACCCCAAUUAAGAUGUGGCGUGUAUGGUAUAUGCGGGCCUUAUGGAGUGUGUUUCACCCAAGAAAACAUUCAGUCGUGCAGAUGCGUGGAAGUUUUGAAUAAAAUCACGAAGUUUUUCAAUCGCCAAAGUGUGUAG